AUGCUCCGCUUUACUGAGUUUAAAGAUAGCGACCAAGUCGGCGACCGAGCAGAGGUGGAAGGCGCCCUCGAGGGGCUUCGAGCGGCACUCACGUGGUCCCCCAGAACCCCGGACCAGCAGUGGCCGAUAGUCGUCUGCCUUGAUAACACUGCGGCUAUAAGAGCCAUACGAGGCAGCCCAUCGAUCUCGUCGCAAGCGGCUGCGGAGAAGUUCGCUGAGGCCGCGGCUCGACACGGAGAUGUCAGCACGCGUUGGUGCCCCGGCCAUACGGGGAUCGCCGGCAACGAGCGGGCCGACCAGCUAGCAAAGGAGGGCUGCCGGGCCGAGGGUCCGGACAGAUCGCCGACCUACGCGAACAUCAAGAGACAGGCCAAGGCUGCGGCCAGGCGCGACUUCCAGGACUGCAGCUACAAGAGCCUAGAGCUCAAGGCCUCGCUCGGGUGCCCCCCGGAGCUGCACACCAAACGAGAGCACCUCCAUCACCUGCUCGCUGCGAGGAGCGGGCACGGGGACUUCGCCGACUACCACGAGAGGUUUAACCACGAAGAGGCCCGGAUCGAAUGCUCUGCGGGAGGAGAAAAUCACCGACACACCCCUCUACUGCCGGAAGGUAGGUACUGA